CAUCAAAGACUGUUUAUAAGACCCACCACAGAAGUCUUAAAUAAUCAUCUAAAGCCAAAACAAAGAAAUGAUUUUACAAUAACAAAUCAAAUCUCAUUAGCCACGAGUGUACAUGGUAAAGAUCAAAAUAGUCAGAGUUGCUACCUCGUUCUGGAAGCGAUCAAUCUUUCAUCACACACAAUAAAAACAUGUCCUAGCCUGCAGAUCCUUUUUUACAUGUUAACAAUAGCUGACAGUGCCGCCUUUACACAUUUCGAAUUUCAAAUCCGCGCGUCACGCCAACCGCUGACUCCUCGCAUUUUGUGCCUUAUCAUGGUCGUUGGUUUUCCUUUAAUCCAACGGCUGAUAUUCAUCCUGUUUUCUAUAAAUGAGAUGGGGUUUCUUCCCCAAUUCUUUUUUUACGUCUCCUUAUUUUCUUCCUCAACUCCGGCAAAUCAAAGAUCUCAGCUAUCAUUCCGGCGAGUUUUCUCCAUCAUUUGCAAGAUCCUAAUUACCUGUCCGAUCGGCGAUAUGUGUAAGUAUUGUCAUUUUUUUCUUUGUUUCUCCUAUUUUCUGGGUUUUUCGGCCCUCUGCGUCGCCGUGUUCUUCGUGUUCUUAAAAAAAUUCUUUGUUGUUGCUUUUUGCUCUUUCUUUUUUUUUUUUUUGAGAUGGUAUGCUGGAUCCUGUGUGGAUUAUUCUUCAAGUACUUCCCACUCCGGUUCUUCGGCCGACACCCUCGACAGAUUGAUCGACAGGGGCCUUGACCAAGCCGACUCAAGCUCUGUUGAGAUUAUCGGCUGCAAGAUGGUGAACGUUUCACCCCCUUCAUCGGGUACUUCAACCCCGAAGGUCGACUGGGUCGAAUAUGACCAAGCUUUGUUGGACGGUGGUCUAGUUGAGGUCUCAAGGAGUCCUCGAGGAAACUCUCCUCGUCUCGACUUGAUUCCUCAAGGUAUUCCCCUUAGGUUGUUAGAUGUCCCUGUAUAUAGUACCAGUCCCGUACCUGUAUCUUUAGUUACACCUCUCGAUCCUCGAAAGGUUGUUUCGGUCGCUUGUACUCUGGCCAAAUUAGCCACUUUAAACCUUUUUUCUUACGCCUCUGCCGCUCGAGUCGAGAGCUUUAGGCAGUUUAGCGGUCUUCCCUCCGAUUGGGAGUUAGUUACCCCGGGUCCCGACGGCAACUUCGCCUGUCCCCCCGAGGGUUGUUAUACCUUCUUCGUUGACCAAGUUAUCUUUGGCCUGCGCUUUCCCAUCCAAGCCGAGCUUUUGGAGAUUAGUGACUUGUAUAAAAUGAUGGGUUUCUUCUCAGAUCUAGGACGGUCUAAUGAGAGAACGUCCGGAUCUGGGACGAACCGUAUAUGGACUGUGCACGACGCGAGCUUAGUGGCUCUGUCCUGGAACCUAGGUUGCAUCCUGGACAUGUCGCGAGUGGCGACUCGCGAGAUGUCUAUUAGGAUUGGAAACCUAGCUCGUUCUCGAUACUCGGUUGCUCUAAAAUAUCGCUUUCCUUCGAGAAAAUUUGAUGUUUGUUCGGUUGAAUUUUUCGACACUUUUCGGUGGAUUUUUCAUUCACUUCCGGUACCUGACGAUGUCUGGGAACGUUGUUGGCAAUUAUUAUCUGAUGACAUUCUGUAUAGACAGCGACGACUGUUCAAUAACGAUG